AUGUUGGCAAAAAUAUUUUUGGUCGUUUUUCUAACGACUAGUGUUAUGACAUUCGCUAAGGAUGAGAACGAAUUGGUUAGCUCAGUUCUUGGGACUGGAACUGUAUUUAUGAAGGAGGCUUCAAAAUAUAUUUCAGAUGACCAGGAUAAAUACUCCGUGGACUUGAACGCUUUGUACAAAAAAUAUGAAAUCGCAGCAAAGGCUGAGCAAGCCAGGAACAUGGUCCAUUCUACGUUAAAAAGAAGUUUUGAGUUGACUAAUGAUUAUGUAAAGAAAUUUGAUAUUGAAGCCGAGGAACAAUUAAAGAAGAGUAUUGAUAUCAUUAAGAAGGAAGACUCCGUGUUAGGAGAUAAAUUAACUAAAUUUUACGAAAAGUCUUGUGAAGUAGACAGACUAUCUGAAGAUAUUAUCAAGUACGUAUUGGACGCAGAUAAAGUGAAUGGUGCAUUGGAAAAGGCCAAAUCUGCACUCCGUCCAAUUGAACACAAAUUGGCUGAUUCAAUCAAAAAGUUCGAGUCCAUCGUUCUUGAACAUCUGCCAAAAAAAGGAAAGAAAUAG